AUGUCUUUCAACGUGUAUUGUCAAACGCUGAAGCGAAAGGAUUACACGUAUAAGCUUGUAGAGCUCCUGGACGAUCUUGUGGACUACAUAAAGAAAGGCAAAGGAAGCUUGUCCUUCAAGUCGCCAAAAUCCAUAGACAAUCACUUGGUUUUAUGUACCGACGAUGAGACGUAUACGGUCCGCCAGCAAAACCACUCCAACACGACGAUCUUGAUGAACGACGCUCAUGUGAACAAGCUUAAGCAAAAGUUUGAGACUACUGACAGCUCUUUAGUGGGAAUUGAGCAGCUCUCCUACACUUACGAACUCACCAAACUGUCUGGAUACAUCGAUACCGCUGGCAUAGCAAAGUACCCUGGUGGAGAUGUCAAGUCAAGCAAAAAUAUUGAUCAGGUGAAAGCAGACUCUCCUGUGGAUGCCGCCCAUUUCGAAAAGCAGUGGUACGGGCUCUGUGGCAGCACCAUCGACGGAUAUGCCGUGCUUUUGGAAACAGACUUCAUCACUGACGCUCUCUAUACGCUAAUCUCGAUUCUCCUAUCACUUUCGAAAGCCAAUGAAGAGUAUGAUUUGCAGCAGGUCGCUUCCAAAUGUGAAUCCCAGAAUACUAAGCUUACGAAAGAAAUUGUCGCUACUUUGCUGCAUCGCUUUGGGGAGGAGACUUCUCCGAGCAGGUUCAAGCUCAACCAAAAUAAAUGCGCUUGGUGGUUUGGAGUGGAGACCAUGAAGAAAGCGUCACCCUCUCUUCUCACAGAGAAAGAGUUCAUGCUCAAGUGGAAGCUGAGUCUACCCCCCUUUUUCAGCGCCUCACUAGACCUAUCAUUCCUUAGAGGCAACUUCUGUCGUCCACAAAGCGACAAGAUCCGCUACCUUAAUCCAGAAAUGCUUUCAAAAGACCUCCACGCGAGAAUCAAGGAGUUGUUCCAAAUGGUGAAGGAAUGGGACUACGAAGAGUUUCUCUCAUUUAUUGACAGUUUCAUCCCUGCAACAAAGAAAAAGGAUUCUGUCAUUGUAAAGUUUGCAAGGAAAAAAAGGGUUGGCAAAAAUAAGUUCGUCGUGUGUCCCAGGUAA